AGAACAAAUCCUCUUCCUCUCCGUCGAGCCGCCGUUCCGAUUCCCUAAACCCUAGGUCAGCUGAUUGUUCUCAAAUCUUAGAUUGAGGGUCUGUGAAACGCUUCGAUUUCUCAUACCCAUUUAGGGUUCUUUUUGGUUGGUUAGAAUUUAGAACCAUCGACGAAACGAUUAAGCAUGUCGAAGAGGAAGUUUGGCUUCGAAGGCUUUGGAAUCAACCGGCAAACGACUUACAAUUUCGAGCGCUCCCAAGCUCCACAGCGGCUUUACGUCCCUCCCUCGUCGCGCGGCCAUGGACACGACAACUACGAAGAUACUGACGUUGAUAAUAUAGAAUAUGACGAUAAUGAUGCGGAGGAGGCGAGUGGGAAUGGCGACGGUGGCGGUGGUGAUGCCGGUGAUGAAAUUGACCCUUUAGAUGCCUUUAUGGAGGGAAUUCACGAAGAGAUGAAAGCGCCGCCGCCAGAGAAACCAAAGGAGAAGGUAGAUAAGUACAGGGACGACGAAGAAGAUGACCCAAUGGAGAGCUUUCUGAGAGCCAAGAAGGACGUGGGACUAACGCUGGCAGCUGACGCGCUUAAUGCUGGUUAUGAUUCGGAUGAGGAGGUUUAUGCGGCAGCAAAGGCAGUGGACGCAGGGAUGGUCGAGUAUGACUCGGAUGAUAACUUGAUGAUCCUGGAGAAGAAAAAAAUCGAACCAAUUCCUGCUCUAGAUCACAGUUCCAUUGACUACGAGCCGUUCUGUAAAGAUUUUUACGAGGAGAGAGCUUCAAUAUCAGGGAUGAGCGAGGAGGAAGUUUCUGAGUACCGAAAGAGUUUGGCCAUUCGCGUGUCUGGUUUUGACGUUCCCAGGCCAAUUAAAACAUUUGAAGACUCUGGACUUUCCCCGCAACUUAUGAAUGCUAUAAAAAAGCAAGGGUAUGAGAAGCCUACUUCUAUACAGUGCCAAGCUAUGCCAAUUGUGCUUUCCGGGAGAGAUAUCAUUGGAAUAGCAAAAACUGGCUCUGGUAAGACUGCUGCUUUUGUUCUUCCGAUGAUUGUUCAUAUUAUGGAUCAACCUGAACUUGAAAAAGAAGAGGGUCCUAUUGGAGUGAUCUGUGCACCCACCAGAGAACUUGCACACCAAAUAUACCUAGAGUGUAAAAAAUUUUCAAAAGCACAUGGGCUACGUGUCUCUGCAGUAUAUGGUGGGAUGUCUAAAUUCGACCAGCUUAAAGAACUCAAAGCUGGGUGUGAGAUAGUUGUUGCCACUCCUGGCAGACUGAUAGAUAUGAUUAAAAUGAAAGCUGUGACAAUGUCAAAAGCCACAUACUUGGUACUUGAUGAAGCCGAUAGAAUGUUUGACCUUGGAUUUGAACCCCAAAUUCGUUCCAUUGUUGGUCAGAUUAGGCCAGACCGUCAGACCUUACUCUUUUCUGCAACUAUGCCCCGAAAGGUUGAAAAGUUAGCUCGAGAAAUCCUCACUGAUCCUGUAAGAGUUACAGUAGGAGAGAUUGGGAUGGCCAACGAGGAUAUCACACAGGUUGUUCAUGUACUUCCUUCUGAUUUGGAGAAGUUGCCUUGGCUUCUUGAGAAGUUACCUGAAAUGAUCGAUGAUGGUGAUGUCUUGGUGUUUGCAUCUAAAAAAGCCACUGUGGAUGAGAUUGAAUCUCAACUGGUGCAGAAAGGUUUCAAGGUUGCAGCUCUUCAUGGUGACAAAGACCAGGCAUCUCGAAUGGAAACUCUGCAAAAAUUUAAAUCUGGUGUUUAUCACGUUCUUAUUGCAACUGAUGUUGCUGCCCGUGGGCUUGACAUUAAGUCGAUAAAGUCCGUGGUGAACUUUGAUACUGCAAAAGACAUGGAUAUGCAUGUCCAUCGUAUUGGUAGAACAGGUCGUGCGGGUGACAAGGAUGGGAAAGCACACACCCUUAUAACCCAGAAAGAGGCUCGAUUUGCUGGUGAAUUAGUUAAUAGUUUGAUUGCUGCUGGCCAGAAUGUUUCAACGGAGCUGAUGGAUCUGGCAAUGAAGGAUGGGCGCUUCAGGUCCAAGCGUGAUGCAAGAAAAAAAGGAGGCGGUGGUGGUGGAGGUGGGAAGAAGGGUAAAGGGAGAGGCGGCAAUGGUCGAGGCGUGCGUGGGGUGGAUUUCGGUAUGGGAAUUGGUUACAACCCAGAAAGCAGUAGUACACCUUCAACAAACAAUGUUCAAAGUCGAUCUGCAGCGGUAAAUUCCUUGAGGACAGGAAUGAUCGCACAAUUUAAGAGCAGUUUCGUUGCUGCUUCAUCUACCCCUCCAAGUCAGGGUUCGAAUAACAGUUACAGCGUGCCAGCAAACAGAAGGCCAACAUUAGCAGGCUUCGUAUCGGGUGGCUCGAUUGGUGGGGGUUCGAACAGCCCGACACCUCCAGCGUCAAGAGUGAACUCGUACGCCCCAAAUGCCGGAGAAUAUUCAAGCCAAAAGAACUCAGAAAGUUCUAGCGAUAGGCCUCGAGAAAGGCGGAGACCGUCUGGUUGGGACAGAUAACGCCUAUAAUUUGAAGGAAAGAUAAAAAGAACUCAUAGUGGUGAGAAAUCUGUAUCUGCUGUUAUAAUAUGAUGUCCUUCCCUCCCUUUAUUUUGUUUAAUUCUCUCUUAUCAGUGUAUGAUUUUAGCUUCUGAGGUUGUAGAAAUGGUCCGAUAUAAAUCAUUGUCUCUCUUGAUAUCAAUCACUACCUCUGUCUAUUUAUCUUCAAAUCAAUGAAAUCUCCUUGUCUCCUUCCUCGA